UGUACACAUAGGCAGGUGACAGGUGGGUGGGCCUGCCGGCCUCCGGACCUUGGAUAAAGUACCUCAGGUAAGGUACCUGCCUGUGUGCUUGAGGCGGGAGGUACCUACGAGGCACGUACCCAGCAAGGUUGCUCUUCUUUUGUUAUCAGAUCGAUGCAACGCAUAAGUGCAUCCCUACUAGAUAUGCAUUUCUGAACAUUUGACCCGUCUGUCCGUCCGACACCACCCGAGCUCGACAAAAAAAAAGUGCGGUUUCGCAAACCAAUCCCACUCGUUCAUACCCAUCUACGCCUACAACAACUCUCUCUCCCUGCUGCGCCAGUAUUUCUAAUUUCCUCCUCUAGGCUUAUAGAGAGAAAGGAGGGCUGCGACGAUACCGUCAUAUCCUCUAUAAUGCUAACCAUCCGAGCGGUCGCCGCACCCCUCCGGUGCCAAUGCCUUGGUUCUGCUACCCCUCGAGCCGCUGCCCGUCUCGCGUUCCAGGGUCAGAGGUUUUACUCUAACAAAGUUGCCAAAUUCACGGGAACCAAGAAUGCCGAAGGCCGCUACCCCGUCAGCAUCAUCGAGGGUGACGGUAUUGGGCCAGAGAUCUCGCAGGCUGUGAAGGACAUCUUCGCUGCCGCCAAGACCCCGAUCGCCUGGGAACCGGUUAGCGUCAAGCCUAUCAUCAAAGACGGAAAGACAACAUUCCCCCCCGAGACCAUUGAGAGCAUCCAGAGGAACAAAGUCGCCCUCAAGGGCCCUCUUGCUACCCCCGUCGGCGAAGGACACGUCUCCCUGAACCUGACCCUCCGCCGAACCUUCAACCUCUUUGCGAAUCUACGCCCUUGCCGAUCUGUGGCUGGAUAUGAGACGCCCUACAAGAACGUCGACACUGUCCUUAUCCGAGAGAACACCGAGGGCGAAUACUCGGGAAUCGAGCACGUCGUUGUCGACGGCGUGGUACAGAGUAUCAAGCUGAUCACCCGCGAGGCCAGCGAGCGGGUUCUACGAUUCGCCUUCCAGCACGCAGAGGAAAUCGGGCGCAAGAAGGUCCGCGUUGUGCACAAGGCCACCAUCAUGAAGAUGUCCGACGGCCUGUUCCUCAAGACGGCCCGGGACGUGGCUAAGGAUUUCCCUAACAUCGAAUUCGACGCGGAGCUACUGGACAACACCUGCCUGAAGAUGGUAACCGACCCCGUCCCGUAUAACGACAAGGUCCUGGUGAUGCCAAACCUAUACGGUGAUAUCCUUUCAGAUAUGUGCGCCGGCCUUAUCGGCGGCCUAGGCCUAACGCCCUCGGGAAACAUCGGAGACGAGUGUUCCAUAUUUGAGGCCGUCCAUGGAUCGGCACCGGACAUCGCCGGAAAGGGGCUGGCCAACCCCACGGCUCUACUCCUCAGCUCCAUGAUGCUGCUGCGGCACAUGGGGCUGAACGAAUAUGCCAACAGAAUCGAGAAGGCCACGUUCGAUACCCUAGCUGAAGGAAAGUCGCUGACAGGCGACCUCGGCGGAAAGGCCAAGACCCACGAGUAUGCCGCCGCUAUCAUUUCCAAGUUGUAGAUACCACCUUACUAUCCGUCACCACCGCCACCGCCACCAUCAUCCUCUUCCUCAUCCGUGACGGCGUCCAUUCGGUUCGUGAGAGAGGGCCGGGUCGUUUCGCUGUAGAGUGUACAGUACAACAACAAUAUCAAGAAUAGCAAUGCGAUGACAUUUGCACGAUCCAAGUGUUGGGUCGAGGUCGGAGAUUUGCGUUGGGUGGGGGGGAGCGGCGAAUAUUAUAAUGAAAGCUAUGAAGUCAUUUUCCUCCCUUUUCUUGCU